UCCAAGAACAGUCACCCCGAGGCAACGCUUCGCACUCACAUCUACACGAGCAAACCAUGGCCACCGCAACCCCCAUAACCAGCCAAGCCGAGUUCGACGCCGCCAUCGCAGAGCCCACCAAGUUCGUCACCAUCUACGUGCACGACGGGCCCAUCCCGGAGGAAGUGCGGCAGCGAUUCCAGGCCACCGCUCCCGCAUUUGCGGACAAGGCGAAAGAGAAGAUGAAGCUUGAGAAGCUACCUGCGUUGUUGGUGUUCAAGGGCGGUAAGGAGGUGGAUAGAGUCUAUGCGCCGGGAGAGGAGGAGAUGAAGGCUUUGGUAGGGAAGUUGUUUGCUUAG